CUCGUCAAAGCUUGGUUCCAUUUUGCAGCCUAUUAGAAAUAACAUUAACUAUCCAAUCGUUACAUAAUAAAAAUCAUAUCAUGGUUUUGAUAGUCUCACUAGUGCAUACAUGCACUAUACCAAGGUUAAACGAACGAACUCUCAGGAGAAUCAAAUGCUCGUUACCAUGGUUACCCUCCAUAACCUGUUCUCGAGCAAAAGAGCAGAUCUUGCUACAUAAAAUGUCCUGGACGUCUAAGCAAAGUAAAAUGGUUUAAUAUUAUUGGAUAGCAUUAUAUAAAGUCAACACGAAUGGACAAGAUAUGUGAUCGUGUAAAUAUACGGGUACCUGGACCCAGGAUCAAAGAACCACCUGCACUGCUUUUCAACAUACGAGUCUAAAAAAAUUGGAAAUUAUAUCUUCCAUUCAUUGUCUUCAUAAAACGCCUUCAAUAAAACCCUAGAAAGAAGGGCUUAUCCGAUAGUAAAGUAGUUUGKUGAUGUCUUCUUCUUGGCUGAUGUUUGAACGACGCUAGCACAUCAAUAAUGUAAUCUGUGGACAAUUAGUAACAGCGAUGUUCCACUAUACUUUUCCAACUACAACAUAUUGAUAUUGUUCAACUAUGCAAGACACUGUGUUCAGCCUCACAUAUUGAUUACCACAGAUUGUUUUGAAAGACCACCAAGACAAAAACUCAGUGGAUGAAAUUUAAUUACAUUUCAGAAUGGAAACAAUUAUUCUAGAAGUAAAAUUGUGACAAUGGACAUGCUACAAUGGUAUCGAUUUACAAGCCACUUUGUUGAUAAUCCUAAUGAAUCCACGACGAUAUGGUUAUUCAACAAGCGUUAACCAAUAAGGAAUGUUUUAUAAUCUGAUCAAGAUUGUUUGUUUACCAGUCUUGGUUGCAGCUACUGUAGUUUAUAUAUACUAUAUGUGUACUUCAAUGCAACACCCUCAAUUAGUUCAUGUGCAGCCACUGUUCAAGUCCAAACAUCGAAUUUGUAAAAAUAUUUUGAAAGUAGCAACUCAAGGAACUUGGAAGCUUAAUUCUCACUUGCCAUCCGGUGCCCUAGAGGCACGUAAACAACUAGACAUGGUUUUACGCCAGAGAAAAGGUUGGCCUGAGUUUCUGUUUCAUGGAGAUUUACGUUGUGGUGAGAAGUACCCUUUGCCAAGACCRAAUUAUGCGAAUUCUUCGRCGUCCUUAAUAUUUGAUGUACAAAGUCAAUGCGACCCUCAAACUAAUGCACCGUGCUGCAAUAGAGACUUUGGUUGGUGUGGAGGUGGAAUGAAUUACUGUAAAUGCAGCAACUGCAUUGAUUAUCGAACCUAUAUUCCUGCAGAAUUAUCGGACUGGAUACCAAAGAGUAGUUGUAUUGUGACGAAUUUCUCUCAAUCUGGAGCUUGCUACCUGAUCAAUAAUCAUUUAUCUUAUAUCACCUUUAUGGGCGACUCACUAGUUAGACAUCUCUUUUCUUCCAUGCUAUUAAUUCUAACUAAUGAUGUUAAAUACGGUGCUCUGAAGACUUCAACUUCACCGGCAUACAGAAAACUAUGUGCGGGGGAUAGCCAGUUCAUUGACAGCAUGUGCCAUAUUCAUAUUGCAAUGAGAUGGAAGGACCUAUCUCUUCACCCAACAUUUUGCCCUAAACAUCAUCCGCUUAAAUUCAAAAUGGACUUCAUCGAGGCAUACAACAUAAAGCAUGCUCCAAUCGCCCUUAAAAUAAUCAAACGACAGCUGUCCAGGAAAGGGUCGGUUGUACUAUUGGGUAUAGGUAUACAUAAUAGCUUUAAUGCUACUUUGGUCCUGGAAGUCUACCUUAAACCAAUAGUCCAACUCGUCGCACAGUCCGGUAAUGGCUGGCCUUUUUUAAUAUGGCUUACAUCACAUUCAGCAGGACCUCUCAAACCAAUGCAUUACAGACAUCAAAAUAACAAGGCGAUAAUUGCGUAUAAUAAAAAAAUGAUAUCAUAUUGUCUUCAGCAUAACAUAGCAGUACUGGAUACUUAUAAUAUGACCCUUGGUGUCCAUAGUUUUGACGGAACACAUUAUGGUUUCGGUGUAAAUAUGAAGAAAGCACAAAUUUUACUAAAUUAUCUUAGGGAAAAGUUUGAGAAACAAAACGUUCUUUAAUUUGGAAAUUCUCUAGAUCGACGAGUCAUAUGUAAGAUAUGCAGUUCGCCUUGCAGUCACGUURUGCGCGAGCRCAGUAAGAAGUGGAAUGYUGAUAGGAUGAUCAGAAAAAAAUGGAAAAAGGAACUGCAGUACCUGYGYCUCAGCGGAAUGCAUUGUUAGAYAUUCACUAAAGGACCGCGAUUACAGUAAAAAGUGAGAGGAUGAUCAUUAAUGUGGGUCUACUCGGGCACCAUCUGUUUGACAGGAUUAUCUUCUUAUAAAACACACACAAUAAAACAUUUUUCCUUGAGUCUUUCAAUAGAYUGAUAGUAAACUUUUACAUCAGAUUACAGUUUUGUUAAAAAAUGUCAUCUUGUGAAGGCAAUAGUCCUGGUUCGUUUUGUCCUGACGAUUGAAUUAAAGAAAUAAAGUUUGAAAGCUAAUAUAAAGUGAAGAUUGAAUGGCUGAAUGGAAAUGAGUAAAUGGAAUAGAAAUAAAUGGAUGAGA